GUUGCAGUUAACCACUCAGCACAAGCAACCACCGAAAAUGUCAUUCUCGAUCUUGGAGGACGUCCGAGGAACACAUCAGGAGCUAGACCGUCUGACGAGUUAUCUAACCAGUCUCCUUCUACCGGGCCCACCGCGAGGCUCGCAUCGCGAGAAGCUGGUCCAAGCGCAUCGGGCCAAAUACCUCAGCGACUUGAUCACUCUCCGGGCCGGAAACUUGCUCGAAUCUUAUGCCGAUAGAGACCAAGAACGCGCACUCGAGAUCGAGAAACUCUCUCAGACUAACGCGGGCGAUUUGAAUGAGUUCUAUAGUCGGCUCGGGUCGCUUAAUGAGUUCCAUCGUAAAUAUCCCAAUCAUCAUCUCAACUCGGAUCUUUCCGCCACUUUUGAUUGGAGUGGAUUAGAGGGAGAAGUGAUCGAUGGGCGUGAUUUUAUCGAUCGAAUGUUUACCGGGGAAGAACUAUUAGGACGAUAUCUCGACUUACAUAUCCUUCACGAUACCUACAACAAUCUCACCUCCACCUCAAACCUAGCCUCCAAAAGACUUCCGUACAUUUCGUAUAUCGACACCUUCGAUCAGUUUAAUAAUAUCCCUAGGACGACCAAGAGUCGACCAGAAUAUAUCACAUAUCUCAAGGAUCUUCGUGAUUAUCUGGAAUCAUUUCAUCGACGUACCCAUCCCUUGUACGAUCUGGAUGCGGAUCUGAACAAUCUGUACGAAGAAUUUGAGGAGAAAUGGGCUUCAGGGGAACUGUCUGGAUGGACAUACGAGGAAGCCGAGACCAGCGAAGGGAUCUGGUGUGAAGCCUGUACGAAGUUGUACUCGAAACAGACCGUCUAUGAUGCCCAUCUGAAAUCGAAGCGCCAUCUCAAGGCGAUCGAAAAGCUGAAGGGCGGGACUGGAUCUGGAGAGACGAGCUCGGGCGAAGCGCCCAGUGCACAGAAUCUGAAGGAGUUACGACGAGCCAAAGACCGACCGAUCGCUUUCCUAGAACAAGAGAUCGGCUUGUUAGGCAAGCUCCUAGAAUCAUUCAGGGUAGAUACCAAAGCGAAUGUGGAGCGCAGGGCUGCAUUGACGGACAAAGAGCGGCAACAGGAGAUCGAGGAGUAUGAGGAGCGCGAGGCGAAGGAACGUCUAGAGGCUGAACGCCAGGCCGAGCUGGCCGCCCAUGGGGACGGAACGGGUGGCGCUGCCGGUGGUGAGACUGCUGGCGAUGAUGAGGAGGACGACGAGGCGCGGAUCUAUAACCCGUUGAAAUUGCCCUUGGGAUGGGACGGCAAACCGAUCCCGUAUUGGCUCUAUAAGUUACAUGGACUCGGGGUAGAGUACAAGUGCGAGAUCUGUAGCGACUUUGUCUACAUGGGCAGGAAAAACUUCGAGCGCCAUUUCCAGGAAUCUCGUCAUGCUUUCGGGAUGAGAGCCUUAGGCUUACCGAAUACUAAACAUUUCCACGAGAUCACUCGGAUCGAGGAUGCAUUUGCAUUGGCUGAGAAGCUCAAGUCUGAAGGCAGGGCCGAAAUCUUCCGGGACGAAACGAUGGAAGAACUGGAAGACGAUGAAGGGAAUGUCUACAAUCGUAAAACUUACGAAGAUUUACAAAGACAAGGAUUGUUGUAAUUUACAUAUAUAUUACAUGUUUUUGAGAAUCACCAUCGAAAAAUGUUGCCUUUUUUCUAGGUGUUUGAAUGGGAUCAUGGCACUUCUUGUGCUUCUUGGUUUAGAUGGAAAUGUGAGGCUGGGCAAAUCCAGACAGAUAUGUGUACCUGUUACAAAUUUGGACUGAGUGCAUUGUAUCCCAUCAAAGAGCAUCUUAUAAACAACAACAGAAACACAAAUUGGGCAUAAUCAUUUUUCAAUCUCUGCUGGGCUGAUUGAUAUG